AUGUUUAGCAGUAAUAAUGUUUCCUGGUCCUUUCUCUCAUUAGGUAUCAUUGUUGCCGUGAUCGCGGUCCUCGUGAUCCUCAUCGUCGUGGUGCUCCGUUACAGGUACAGACACAAAGGAACGUACUUCACCAAUGAGGCCAAAGGCACGGAAUUUGCCGAGAGCGCCGACGCCGCCCUGAAAAACGACCCGUCGCUGCAGGAGUCCAUAGAUGAGUCGAAGAAAGAAUAUUUUAUCUGA